AUGCGUAUCGUGCAGGCAACCCAUGCUUACGCAAACACAGGCCGGCAUUAUUUGUCACUUUGCAAGGACGAUCUUAUUCUAGUCCUGGAGGAGCACCGUAGCGGAUGGUGGAUAGGGCAGAAUGUGAGAGGGGCAAAGGGCGUCGUCCCGUCGACGUAUUUGCGAGAUUUUGUCCUUGAUGCUCCAUCCAUAGAAUUGCUUCAUGAGGUCUCGGUCAUGCAGAUAGCUCAACAGUUUGAGGUCGACCUCUCCACCCACGUGCCAACUCCCCUGGUUCGAGGUGAUGCACUUUCAUGCGGUGGAUCCAAGUGCAAUGGACUAAAUCGAACUGAUCUUGAAGAAGGUGUGGAGCGCUUUCUCGUGCAACGUGAGACGGCGCGACGACGGCUAAGUGAAUGCUUGAAUGAUUUUGAGAGGGAGAAGAAUUAUGCCGCCAAAGACGAGGUGACCUCCGACGAUAACGUGAUGGCGUUGAAAGUGGGUAUUUCGAGACGUCAGAUUGACGCUCUAAAUGCACAUGAAGAACAAAUUCGCGAUGAGCUGCACUCUCUAAGAGAUAUGAUAGCAGAAAAAAAGUGCGAGGUACCUCCCAGACUACUUCGUCUUGUUGAUGAGGCUCUCGGGGAAAAAGAUGUUUGUAGCGAUCAGGUUGCGUUGUAUCGAGAAGCACUUCACGAGCAGCUUCAUCAAUGCCAUAGAGACGUCCGAAAAGCGGAAGGAGAGUUAUCCGCAUUUAGCGAGGGUGUUCAGAAGGCUGACCGCUCAUGUCGCGAGGGGAGGGAGCUCCUUUCAUACAGGAUCAGUCUUCGUGAUGCCAAGGUUCGCGCGUUGCUGAACUAUUGGUCUGAGAGGGCAGAGGUGGCAAAAGAUAGUUACCUACAGGAAAAGGUACGGACGCACCACAAAGAGGCUCUGAAACGAGAAGAGGAGCAACGUUUACGGCACAUGAUCGCAGAGGGCCGUGAAAAGUAUAUUAAAUCUGAGGAUGAUCUUUUGCACCUGCAAGAGAGGGUCCAGGAGAUUAAAAGCAUGCUUGAUCAGAAGGUGGAAUUGGAGCGACUGAGCGAGGCCAUCCGUCGUGCUGCACAGGAGGAAAACACCUGGAAAGAGAAGGUGGCAGGUACAAAAAGAAAUGUUUAA